AGAUAAAGCGGCACAAGUAAGAUCUGUGUCAUGUUUUCUAUAUUCCUGAAUUAAACAUAUAAGUGCAAUAAUGCUUAACAAUGAUCAUCCAAUAAACUAAAAUAAACACAGAUCGUGUUUUCAGUAUAUUUAUUGAACAACUAUAAAUUACUUUCGAGGGACUUUAUUCUUUCUAUUUUAUCAAUAUUUUGUGCAUCACAUUUGAAGAAGAAAGUACAGACUCUGAAUAUUUGCUGCAAUGCAUUUUACGAUUAUGACCAUUAAUUUGAAAAUAUCAGGCAAAAUGAUCCUAUAUACUGGGAAUUGAUUUUAUUCAUAUUUGUUACUAAAUACAAAUGUUUGGACAGAAUUUUGCAUUGUUAUUUGUUUAAGGACCACUCUGCACCCAUAAAGCUUGUUGAUGGGAGUUAUGGGUUAGCAGUAUCCCUUUUAAAAUGCACUUUAUAAAAGUGCUGAUUUCUAUGGGAAUUCUGCACUUUUAUAAUUAAAUAAUAAAACUUCCCUCGCCCCUCCCCCCUGUCAAGCAGCCAGGAAGGUUUGCUUCCUGCUUACAUUCACUCCCUUGAGCUAAUGGAAGUGACAGGUGCGCUUUACUUGAGCCUGCCUGCCCCCCAUGCAUUUUACUUACAGGCCUCAGACCAGAGAUCUUUCUGAAUGCUGUGCAGUGCGCAUGCAUGGAGGGAACUUAGUCUUCUCAAAGCAUGCAGCCAUAAGAACUGCAGCUUUUUGGAGCCAUUUUAAGAUGGUUGAAUGCAUGAAAAAUGUGUUCAUUGUACUAGUCUUUUUUCUUAUUGCUGUUUUGCUGUGUGGAAUAAUAUUUAAGGUCUAUAUGCCACAAGUUACAGUGGUUUCACAAUUCAAAUUAUGUACAUAAAGAUUUAAGCCUGUUUUAGACUAAAUUUUUUUUUUUUUUUUUUUAUGUCAACAGAGGCUUUAGUAUGUACUAACUUUUCCUCUUUUUGACGCAUGUUUUUAAACAGCUUCAAACAGGUCUUGAAGUGAACAGAAUUUUCUUGUCUUCUGUGUCUGCUCAAAAGGUCCCUGCUUAUAAGAUUAAGAAAAAGAAGCAAGUAAAGGUAAUUACUGCGUUAAUACAUUGACCUGGUAUUUUCCUUGAUUUAAAGUACCACCAAAAUGUUUAAAAUUGUGUUUCCACAACUGUUAUCUCUCCCCAGGUAGCAAUGUACUGAAGCUCAGUAUUUUAUCCCUUAAGCGGCAAACACAGAUUAAAACUUUGCGAUUUAUAACUUAUUAUUACAGUGAUUAGCGUAUGCUUUUUUAAAAAUUGAUUUCUGUAAAAUUAAGUCUAUAUGAUUUAUGUUUACAAGUGUUAUGAAGGGAGAAGCUAUUAAUGGGGGGGGGGGGAGAAAUCGAGGGUAACCUUGCAGAAAUGUACACAUAGCUUUGUGAGAGCUUUCCAGAGGUGUGUGUGUGUGUGUAUAUAUAUGUAUGUAUAUAUAUAGAUAUAGAGAGAGAGAGAGAGAGAGAGAGAGAGAGAUAUAGAUAUCUAGAUAUAAAAAAAAAAAAAUUUUUUUUUUUUUUUUUUUAAAUCUACUUCUCCAUAGGAAUAAAGUAGAUAUCCCAAGCUACUCAUCCUGACCUACAAAAUAAUUUUCAUUAUAAAUACUGGGGCCCCUACCUAGAGCGACUGUCCCUCUGUUCCUACUUAUACUGUGCUGACAGUGUGUAGGGUGUCUGGUGUGCGUGCGUACUGGCUGUGUGUGGUGUGCGGUGGCUUUGUGUAAUGUUUUAAGGGUUUCUUGGCUAUGUGUAAUGAGGGGGGAUAUAGGCUGUGCAUGAAGGUGCUCUGUUUUGCCUUUUUCACUUGCCUUUCUUGUAAGGAGAGGGCGCUAUGAACUGUUAUGGCCUAGUAAGGGUUUAAAUUCCAGCAUGAGGGCUUUGUUGUUGUUGGUUUUUCUGUAAUUACUGUGGUUUGCACGUGCCAGAGCUGGAAACCAUAUGCUCCCUGGCUCGGCCCUGUACCCCUGUAUCAACACUGCUGCUUGCCCAUGGUAGGGCUAACGGGGGGUCUUCUUGCCCAGAUCUGACUUUCACCAGAUGUCCGGCAAUAGGAGUCCACCUUCCCUGACUAUCUUUUUGCUUUGGAAUGCAUCUUAAAUAACCAAUUUCUGUGUCUCUGUAUGUCUGCAAAUAGACUAAAUGUCAGUCUCUCAUAUCUCCCACACUUUAUAUGAAUAUUUGUAGGCAUAAUUAUGGUUUCAUUUUGUAGCCAUUGAAGUAGUUAGGUGGGAGGCAGGGAUCUGAGCAAAUUAAGCAUACUCCAUGGGUUCAUUUUCCCCUGCAAUUCACUGUAUUAUACUUAGAGGAUUGAUAACUAUAUUCAGGGCCGGCCUUAGGCAAUUAGGCGCCCUGUGCAAAAAGUCUUCACGGCGCCCCCCCCACCUCCCACCAAGUUGCCUGAAUACAGUAACACACACAGGCACCGGGGACGUGUGUAUCACGAGGCAAACAAGGCAUCUGCCUUGGGCGCCACUUUGCAGGGGGCGGCAAAAAAAAGCAUCCCUCCAAACCCCCAGGCAGAUCCCUUGCUUGCCUCGCAUCCUGGGGGGCUCAAGAGCUGACCGGCUGGCCACUUUUGAGCCCCCCCAAGGCUGGCAGCGGGCAGCGAAGGAGCAUACUCACCUGAGCUCUUCCUGCUCAGCUUCCUCUGCGCCGCUUAAUGAAGCCGGGAGCCAGAAUAUGACGUCAGUCCGGCUCCCGGCAUCACUAAGCGCUGCUUACUCAGCCUGUGCGCCCCCUGCCUGCCUGCCCAGCAGCCACACUGGACUGCUGGUAAGAAAUCCACUCCAGCUUUCCCAGGGAGGCUGGGUGGAUUUAAAAUAAAUGUAAAAAAUAUUAGUUUGUGAGUGUUAGUGGAAAUGUCUGUGUGUGUGUCUGUGAGUGUUUAUUUUGAAGUGAAUGUGUGUGUGUGUGUGUGUGUGUCUGUAAGUGUGUAAUUGUGUGUGUCUGUAAGUGUGAAUGUGUGUGUGUCUGUGAGUGAAUGUGUGUGUUGGUCAGUGAGUGUGAUGUGUCAGUGUGUGUGUUGUGUCAGUGUGUAUGUGUCAGUCAGUGAGUGUGUAUGUGUCAGUCAGUGAGUGUGUAUGUGUGUCAUGUGUCGUCAGUGAGUGUGUAAGUCAGUGAGUGUGUAGUCAGUGAGUGUGAGUCAGUGAGUGUGUGUCGGUCAGUGAGUGUGUGUCGGUCAGUGAGUGUGUGUCAGUCAGUGUGUAUGUGUCGGUCAGUGGAGUCGUGCAUCUUUCAGUGAGUGCUUGCGUCUGUCAGUGAGAGUGUGCAUCUGUCAGUGUGUGUCCAAGUAAUAGUGUAUGUGUGUAUGUCAUUGUUUGUCAGUGUAUAUGAGAGUGUGUGUCUGUCAGUGAGUGUGCGUCUGUCAGUGAGUGAGCGUCUGUCAGUCAAAGUGCGGCCUUGACAGGAAGGGGUGGGGGAAAUUUAAACUCGGUUACAGGCAUGUACACACACACUCAGUUAAAGGCAGUCACACAUACAGGCACAGGCACAAACAAUGGCACAGCUACAGCGACACACACAGACAGACAGUCACAUAGGCAGUCACACACACAGACAGACACACAGUAACACACACAUAGACAGUUAUACACACACAGGCAGGCAGUCACACAGAUAGAAAGUCACACACACAGGCAGGCAGUCACACACAGACAGAUAGUUACAGACAGACACACACAGGCAGGCAGGCAGUCACAUACAGGCAGUCACACAUACAGGCAGUCACACACACAGGCAGUCACACACACAGACAGACAGUCACACACACAGACAGUCACACAGACAGACAGUCUCACACACACAGGCAGUCACACACACGGGCAGUCACACAGACAGACAGUCACACAGACAGACAGUCACACACACAGGCAGUCACAUACAUGGGCAGUCACACAGACAGACAGUCACACACACAGACAGUCACACACAGGCAGGCAGUCACACACAGAGACAGUCACACACAGAGACAGUCACACACACACACAGAGACAGACACACACACACACACAAGGACAGGCAGUCACACAGACAGUCACACACACACACAGACAGUCACACGCACACAGGCAGGCAGUCACACAGACAGACAGUCACACACACACACAGACAGACAGUCACACAAACAGGCAAACAGUCACACACACACACUUACCUCUUUCCAGUGGAUGCAGUUGGCUGAUGGGGAAGCAUCUUUCCCUCUUCCUGUACAGCAGGGGCUUCGGGAGGUAUUAGCCCCGUCUCCGCCUCUCGAUAAGCCCCGCCUCCGCCGCUCGGUAAACCCCGCCCCCUCUGCCGCGAUUUUUUUUUUUUUUUAAUAGACCCGGGUGGAGAAUAAUUAAUCCUCCAGCCAGGUACCUCUUUUAGCUCCCCUGCACUCCGGCCAUGAGUGAGCUGUGUCGGCCACAGGGCGCCCCCUGUUCCAUGGCGCCCUGUGCGGUCGCACAGCUCGCACACCCCUAAGGCCGGCCCUGACUAUAUUUGCUGUAUGCCAGCAACUCUGUCAAACCCCCUGUUUAGGAUUAUAGAACCUGUAUGUGCCUCUCUCAAGACACCUUUAAUUUAAUGUGCUAUACCCUUCGGGGUGUUUUCUGUUGUCUGCAACGAUAUACGAAAUUUUUUAGUUAUGCUUUUUAUUGUAUCACAUUUUUACAUCAAAUUGCUAACGUGUUCUUAACCAUACCAGGAAAGGUGUAUUUUAUCUUGAGUAUAUGAAAGUUUUUGCAUCCCUCAACAGCAACGUAUACAUGAAACGGAUAUUUUACCCUACUUUUAGGAGUUUCAAAAAUUGUUAUACUAAUUUGGUAGUGUAGGGGGUUGAAGAAACAUUUCGAGCACCAUAAUGAAUGUUAUAUUGCCAGGAGUGCCCUGGCUCAAUACGUUGUAAGUUGUCAAACCAUUUUAGAAUGGCUUGGCUACUUACCUUGGGUCCACCAGGUGCCACUCCUUGCCACCAGUAGAUCUACAGGGGGAUGGGAAACGCUCUGUCUGAGCUAAGCCAAGCAGUGCACAGCUUUGCUCUUUGGCUGAGAGCAAUCAGCUACCCCUGAAAAGCAGGGCUUAGGUCUGGUAAGCUAACGGAAGCUCUUAAACAGGAGUUUCUGGCUUUCCUCUAGCUGUGGUGCUGGUGGUGGUGAGCAUUCCCCAGCGUACCCCAGGUAAGAAGUCAUACCUUUCAUGGAAAGGUUUGAAUAAUUAUAAUGGGGGGUUGCCAGGGGCACUCCUGGCACCAUAACAGUGUGUUGUAGUGGUCAUGGUUCUUGGAGUGUUUCUGUAAUAUCCAUACAGCAAUGUACACAAUCUUUUACACUUCUGUGUUUGAGAUGGGUUGUGCAUGGUACUGAAACAGAAAAAUAUAAUAAAGGUGAAGUGCAAUACAUCCAUGAGAUGUUAAAAGAAAACUAUAUGGUUAAAACAUCCUCCUAUCUUGCAUUAUAAAGAUAAUUUAAAAAAUGAAAUGAGAAAAAAAAAAAAGUAGCCUCUAAAUUUUCUACUAUUUAGUGGUUCUACAUGCAGCUGCAGACCCCUCCUACACCAGGAAGAUACCAAUGCAGCUGCAUUGGUUUAUGGGAAAAGGGAGUAUUAUUCUCGAGAGCAGUUCCACUCAUCACAUCAAUAUCAGUGGAAAUGGUUUGUUUGCACAUAGCCUAGUUCACUAAAUGGUUUUGUAUGUUCAGUUUUUGGCAAUUUAUGGAUUGAGCUGCAAGUAGAUGUACACCCCAGUAACAAAUGUGAUAUUUCUAGGAACUGGUAGUAUUUUAGCAAAAACACUGUGCACACACACCGGGCACUUGCACUGUAACCACUUCAGCAAGAAUGAAGUUAUGGUGCUUAAAGCAUGCCUUUAUAAAAACAGAUGCCCAGUAUUGUAUUGGUUAUUUAUAAUAUUCAUAUAAAGUAUAGAUUUACUUCUGUGUUGAUCAUAAUUUUUAUAUUUUUGUUUUCUUCUAUUAAAGAAAUCUCCUGUAAGUAAGGCUCCUAUUAAACACGUUUUACCAAAAAAUAAAGAGCUCCCAUUUGUCGCCGGUAAGGUUAGUGAUUUUGUGUGUGUGUGUGUGUCCAAUAUUUUGUUUAAUUAGGUAAUACAUGUCUUCUUUGUGUGUUGUGGUUUAUUUUAUUUUUUUUUAUUAAUUUUUUGUGACUAAUUUUUUUUAAACUCAUACCUUUUUUUUUUAUUUUUUCAUUUUUAAGUCUACAACGUCUAGUCACUCUCUCAGUGCAAAUGUGCAAACAGUCUUGCAUAUGGUAAAACUUCACAGCUCGAGGGUCAGCCAGCCACAAAAGAAAGAUGUCGAACGCAAGCCUUUCAGGGGUCUGCCUGCUAGUCGACCUACACCCAGUUCCUCUGUAUCCUUCACUGGUGACAGUCUUACGGAUGUUUUGCUGGCUUUGCAAGAUGAACUGGGGCAAAUGAGUCUGUGAGUGAUGUCAUUGGUAGAAAAUAACUUUUAAUCGCUUAAGAAUAAUUAUAGCCAAUUCAAUAAUAACAAUCUGAAUUUCAAGGAUCUUAUUCCAAAAAAAUCCAACCCCAGUACUUCAUGAGCCCUUGGAGAAGACCACAUACCAAGUAGGAUCCUAUAUUUAUUGAUCAAAGCCCAACACAAGCUUGCUGUCCACAAAAUAAACCAUUUAAAAAAAUCCUAAAACCUUGUUCUACUCUACCAAACACUCUGAUAUAGUGGCAUCCUUCAAAAUUAAAUAUUCUAAACACUGCAUUAGACAGAUGCUCCUAGUAAUCUAUGCUAAAAAUAGAAGUUACUGAAUGAAAUUAAGCACAUUUGUCACUUUUUUCCCUUCCUUUUUUAAGAGAACAUCAGGAGCUAUUGAAAUUAAUAAAUGAAACCGAGGACAAUGGUGUGCGUGAAGAUCUGGAGCGUGAGAUGGAUUAUCUUGUUAAGCAGAUGGAAACAAAGAGUGAACAAAUACUUAAGUUAAAACGCCAUCAAGAAAAUGUAAGCAAAAUACCAAUAACUGCUGACAAAGCAUUAUGUGGGAAAACAGAUAAUUGCUUGGCAGGUCAAAUAGCAAUGGAAUCAUUAGAGCGUUAGCAGGCCCCAUUUACUAAAACACUAAAGGGAAACUCCACAUUAUUAACUAUGCAAAAUCAUUGGAAACCAGUUGGAUAUGCCUAGAAAAGCUGAAGUUAGCUUUUUUUUUUUUUUUUCGCUAUCAUUAUGCUUAAUUUUCUGUCCUCCAACUGAUGCCAGUUAUGGUGGCACCUGCAUGUGUACACUGCUUCUUCCACUCUAUUAUGGCUCAGGGAUUGACUGGGAGCAGCAAGUCGCAUUCUGAUUUUAUCUGUCAUCACGUGUGUAAAGCAGGCAUUCAUAUGUUUAUAAUUUUCCUUUCCACCUAAUAAUUCACUUCAUAAAAUCUGGCUGCAUUAUUAUAUUUGGUUUUCAAAAUGUGUCCAUGUUUAAAGUUAUCGCUCGGGUAAGCAAAGGACUACUUAAUCUUAUUGCCCUUCUUUCUAAAGGCAGCUAGGGGCACUCAGAUUAACUGAUUUCCAGUUCUUAGCCCCCUCCCAAUUUAGCAGGAUUUCAAUAUUUAGUAUCCCAUUCAUUAAAGACCAGAAGAAAUUGAGUGCUAGUGACAUUUCAGUUGUAUAUUAUGCGUAUUUAGUGAAUAGGAAGAAAGAUGGCAAUAGUUUUUGGAAGCUUCAAUACAAGCGUAUUCCAGCAUUCCGCAACAUUACAUUGUCCCUCAGGUAGGAACAAUCAGCACAGUGUCCUCUUAGACACCAUAGGUGGAACUAACUUAGGAAGACAAAAGAAGAGAAGAAAAAGAAAACAAUAUGGGAAAAGUAUUGUCUAAAAGCAUUUUGAUGAAUAUAUGGACUCGUGAGGGUGUACAAGGAACAUGGAGAGAGUGUGUGGGCAGUGGAAUGGUGACUUGGUGAGGAUGUGUAGGGAUACAUGGAGUAACUAUUACACAUCAUCAAUUUUUAUAUGUUAUUGUAUUCCCAGACAGUCAACCCAAGGUAAAUGUAUUGUAAAGUUUUUUUGUAAAUUAUGUUUAACUUUUGAUUUUAGGUAAAAAAGAAAAAAUCCACUCAGCCAGUGAAAAAACUCCCUACGAGUGCCAGGCCUGCCCAAACUAUAAAGUGCGUGAGCACAGAGGCGCCUGCCACCCCAAGAACAAAGCAAGGGAGUCUGGUUAGGAGCUCCCCGAUUCCAAAAAACAAAACUUCACUUCAACUGCUGAAAAGUGCACAGAAGAUUCAAAUGACUUUAAAGAAAGAUGACAUAAUGUGGGAGAAAUAGUACUGACUUUCUUCCAUGUGUUUAGUGUGUAUAUUUUCAUAAACCUUUUCAUUGUUAAUACAGG